AUGAAGAUGAAUGAUCACAUCACAUCCCCUGCACAGCAGGCAGCUGUACCCACCGAAGAUGUCCCUGCACCGCAGCACGGUACCCGCGAGCAUGAGCAUGACCACAACCACGGCACUCAUCAGCAUGUCACCAACCACGAAACAUCAAUCCACGAGAACAGCGAGAAAGUCAUGGCUGCCUUCCACGACAAAAUGAUGGCGCUGGCCGAGGAAAACACCGCACAGAGCGCCACCGAAGCGCACGAGAUAGCUCAUCUACUGCUCGAGCAUGCAGAGCUUCCUCUAGCCAUUCGCGCUCGCGCACACAUCGUGCUGUCUAGUGGGAAGACCAACUACCUUCAUCAUGCCCAAGAAGCUGUUCGCAUCGCUCAAAAAGGCCGUGACAUUUUUGGUCCUGGAAGCACCCCCGAAGCAAAGGCAGCCGGCAAGAAAAAGGCUGGCACGCUCAAGCUGAAGAAGGGCGAAAAGCUUCUUUACGGUAACAUCAACGAUGACGAAACCGACAGAAUUGCCGAUAUGCCCACUGUCGCCACCAGUGGAACCCAGGACCACGUGCCCUCUGACGGGGAGACUGACGAAGAGGACGCCGUCAACAAGGGCAAGGGGCUCGAUGCGAAGGAGGACAACGCCAACAAGUCCAAGAAAGAAGCCACGCCCGCAGACGAGGUCAAUGAAGAGGAGGUCUCCACCGAAGAAGAGGUCAAUGAAGAUGAGGUCUUCACCGAAGAGGAGCCUCAUAUGGACCGCAAGUACUUCAAGGGAAUCUCCGGUCCCACGUCGCCUAUUGUCACCCCUCGUCCGUAG